UUAAAUACACCAAGGGCGGAGUCUAGUAUAGUUUCCAUGGCGCUGAUAUACAAUCCGAAGUCAAGCUGAUUUCCAUAUACAAACCUAUAGGCUACAAUGUUUUUUUCUCUCUGCUGUUGAAUGAAUUGGAUACAUUUCGGACUGUCUGCCUCGUUUUAAGGAAAGUAAAAAUAUUGUCCCAAAAAUAAUAUAUUUUCUGAAGUUGAAUAGAACUGUUUUGGGUGGACUCCAUUUAAACCUUUACACUUUAUUGUAAAAACGCCUCAAAAACGUGUUUGUCUCUUUAAUGUAUGAGAGAAUAAUGUAUAUUGUAACAUGUUAAUGUACCAUUAAUUCGAAUGAUAUCUUAAAACGAAGUCAAGUUAAGCAGUCGUCGUACUUAUCAAGCAUAGUGUGCCACUGCCAAGUUGAAGUUGCUGACACGUCUCAUGUCAAUUUUUUGGUGAGCAAUUACGUGCAUAUGUGGUAAGAUUAUUAAUUUGGUAAUGCUUUACAGGUGGAUAUGAGGGGUUACCUGAAAACAACGGGGUGGGUAUUUAAACUCCAGGCCGAAACCACUACAGUAGGAACACAUAGGGAUUGCGAUUUAUGUUUACAGAAUGGAGGAGUUGAGGAGCAUCACGCCCUGAUCGAAUGGAGCAAAUCAGAGUCAUGCUUUGUGCUGAGUGACCUGAACUCUGCCCAUGGUACAUAUGUCAACGACUGUCGUAUCCACAAUGCAGCCGUGCAUCUAACCCCAGGCGAUGAACUGCACUUUGGCUAUGGAGGCUCCACCUACCAGCUAGCUGUGGAAAGCCCAUCUAUGCUCCCCUGCCCUCCCAAGAGCAUCUGGACAGCCAGUCAGAACUCCCUGCAGCUGAUAAAGGAGCCCCCCAUUGCCCAGUCUCCCUCCUCCCCCUCCUCCCAGCUCCCUCUCCUACCUGGCAAUACUUCGGCCCCUGUUGCGUGGGUAUGGGGGCGAUCAUCUGUCACCCCUCAUCCCCCUAGCCGGGCUCGACCAGCCAGUGCUGGGACCAAACGGACUGGGCAGAGCAUCCCCUCUGAACAACAAGGGACAACCUCACGCAGACCAGGAAGUUGGACUGGACACACAGGAAGCGGGCCCCCUCAGAGAACCGGAGCAGUGGCAUCUGAAAGUUCUCAGACCAUGCAGCACCUCUUACAGGAGAAGGAGGAGAGGCUGCUGCGGCUAGGAGACGAGAUCAGCAGGCUGGCUGUGUUUGAGAGUGAGUCCCAGAGGAAGGACAGGGUGAUUGCAGGGCUGAGGGACGAGAUGUCAGCUCUGAGACACCAGCUGACCCAGAGCCAGCAGACCGACCAGGAGAUCAAACACAGGCUGCUCAAUCUGGAGAGGGACAUCAAUGACAAGAGAGAGCAGAUUGAAAGGAUGAAGGAGCAGAUGGUAGAGCUGCAGAGGGGCUCCAGUGAGGUGUUUAGGCAUUCUGUCACCGAGCGAGACCUAAAGAUCUACAACCUAAGAGGUCAGAUGGAGAGACUGAAGAGAGAAAACAGCACUGCCUCAGGUCUGGUAAGAAGCUUACAGAGAGACCUGAGUUCGAGGGAGAAGCAGGCUCUGAAACUGGUGUCUGAGGUGGACAGACUCCGGCAGGACAUCCGACACAAGGACAUCCAACUGGGGGCUACUGCCACCAAGUUCUCCAAAAUGAGCAAGAAGCACCAGGAGGAGUUACUCAACCAUGAAAAUGAGGUGAUGACACUGAAGAAGAGCGUUGAGAGGCUGGAGGUUACUUUGAGGGAUAAGCAGAGGCUCCUGGAGCACCAAACAACAGAGAGGGACUUGCUAAAAAACAGACUGGAGAAGAAGAUUGGGGAGCAAGCUUCUGUGUUCGCGGAGUCUGAGGCUGAGAGGCACACACAACAAAAGAAGAGCAAAGCUGAGCUGGAUCUGGUGCAGGCACAGAUUGAGCACCUUCGUAACCAGCUGCUGAUGAUGUUACCCACUGAACCCUCUGACUCCACUUCCCAUGAUGCCUUGUCAGACCAGCAGGUAUUAGAGCAGGUGGCAGAGCUGCUAGGAGAGAGAGAGAGCCUGAAGAGUAAAAUAGAGGAGCUGGAAGGACAACUGAAGGAGCUCAUGACUGAACAGGAGGGGGCAGCAGAGGACACAGAGAGACUGAAGAGUAGGCUGGAGACCUGUCAGGAGGCAUGCUUGGCAAAUGCACUGGAGAAGGCCAUGACCUCACUACAGGAGGAGAGUGUGUCUCCAGCUCUGGCCUGGGUCAAGGCUUCAGUCCUCUCCAUAAUGGCUACCCAGCUCCCACUGCUUCAGAGUGCCACCCAGGCACUACUGGAAGCUGGGAUAGAUUCUUCACAUCCCACUGAAGGAGUCCUGAGUGGCAUCAGAACCCUGGUCAAUGAGCAUCAGGGAUACAAAGUGGAGCUUCAGCGUUUGAAGAUAGACCUGGAGGAGCUCCAGGAGAGAGAAGCAAAGUCCAGAGAGCUGCAGGAGCUUCUGAGCAUUAACAGAGAGGAGCUGGUGCAGCAGAGACAGCAGAUGACUGUGGCACAGCAUGAAGAAGAGACCAGGAAGAAGGAGUUGGAGGAGCUAAAGGGGGAGUUGGAGGCACUCAGACAAGCCCAGACUAAACUGCAGCAGGAGGCACAGACCCAGGAGGCCGAGUGGUGCACCAGGCUGGAGGAGGCGGGCAGGAGGGAGGAGGAGUGGCAGGAUAAGAUGAAGGAGAUCUUGGAGGAGGAGAAGGAGCGCUACAGGGUCUGGGAGGCCGAGUACAGGGAGCAGGUGCGGCAGCACGCACACACCAUCGUGGCCCUGGAGCAGCGCUGGGUCCAGAGCAGACAGAGAACCCAGGAGGUGGAGGAGGAGAGGAAAGCGCUGAUUGGACAGCUGAGAGAGUUGGAGGGGAAUCUGGAGAGUAGUAGGCCUGUGAUGAGUACCAGUCCCCUGGAGACACAUACUAAACAAGCCUCAGAGGUAGCAGCCCUGGAGGGUAAUAUCACUUCACUCAGGGCAGACUUGGCCCAGUCUCAGCUGGAAACAUGUAGUCAGGGUGACCUCAUCGUGGCUUUGAGUCGUGACCUGGCUGCAGCCAAUGCCAGGAUAACAGACAUGACAGGGGAGCUCAGUGAGCAGCAGAAACUACAGUUGGAGCAGCUUAAAGCUCUGGUUGUGGAUCAGAGGGUCCAACUGAGCAUUCUCACUCAGAAGCUAAUGCUGAUGUCACAACUCGUGGAGCAGAAAGGGGAGGAGCUUGAGAAAGUGAGGGAUGAAUUGAGGCUUUGUCAGGUGGACCUGGAGAAGAGUCUCAGGGCAGAGAGAGAGAUGAAGGAACAGACGACAAACCCAGAGCAGACCCAGCCUGUCCACUACUCUGUUGUCACCUGCAUACCACCACACACAAAGGAAAUGGCCACUGUCACUGCUCCUGGGGAGUAUGCCAAGCAGGGGUCAAAGUCCAGAGGUUAUCGACACAAGGAGGUGAUUCAGCAUCAGAGGGAGGCUCUGUCAGAGAUGAGGGCCAGGAUCGGAGCCUUGGAGCAAACAUGGCCCCUGAAGCACUUCACCCAGCAGGGGGCACCUAAGAAACAAGCAGGGAGUAAGGCGAGCAAACUCAGCACACCGAGGUCUGCAGUGAGUGGCUGGCCACUCCCUGGAGCAUUCGGGGAGGAGACCCUGGAGCGCACAGCCAGACUGGACCUAUCAGACGCCCUGGACCUCAGCGAGAGGACAUACCUGGAUCUGGCACGGGCGCUGUGCGAUGCUCUGGAGUUGAGCGAGGGCCAGCUACAGGGGUGUGUGUCCCUGCAGCACCUGCCCCAGGAGGAGAGGGCCAGUCUGGCUUCUUUGCGUCAUGCAGACCUGGAGCUGCUCCGGAGCUGCAUGGCCCGACAGCACAGCCAGGCCCAGCGAAGUGAAACUCUACUGCAGCAGCAGCAUAGAGAAAUGACUACUCUCAGGGAGAGCCAGGCGGCGGGCCAGCAACUCCAGUCCAGGCUGGAUAUGCUGAGGACCGAGCUGGAGACGGAGAGCCAAGAGAGCUCCCUGCUUCGCGAGGCCUUGCUCCACACCCAGAGUCGUCUGGAACAUGAGAUAGACGUAAACACCAGGGCCGUAAAGAGCCGUAAGGCAGUGAGUGUGGAGAAAGUCCAGAGGAGGAGUGGGAAGACAGCCUCUCACAGCUGUGUCCGUACUGAGGCCGGCGACAAGGCGACAGUGAAGACAUCCAACCUGCUGGAGAGGCUGAAGAAGAGGGAGUACGAGGUGGAGACCCUGAAGAGGCAGCUGGGGAAGAAGGAGUUUGGCAAGAUGGCCUCCAAGCUGGAGCUGGCCAUUGUACAGCAGCAGCCUCAACAGGCCCCACCACUGACAGAGCCCUCCUAAUGUACUGUAAUCCUGCCCCGCUACACUGGAGUGACUGGACACCAGGGGCAAGGAGACUGGCUCAAGGGUCCUUUUGACUUGAACAGCGGAGGACACUCAUUACGACGAGACUAGCGAACACUGCUAGUGUGCGUCACACCAUAGAAUUAGAAAUACAGCACAGCAGGUCUACUAGAACUCACCUUCCCAUUCAAGUCAGCGUCAGUCUAUUUCAUUGCAUCACGCGUACUGUACCGCUGCUUCUGGCCAUGAGGAAGUUUCUGCUGGUAGCUGUAUAUUACCACACAUCAGAGCCAUCUGUUCUAUAUACUGUAUAGCUCUGCACCACAUCGUAAUGAGUGAAUGCCCCUAUAGAGAUGAUGGAAUAGUCAAUGCAUGAGCAUGUGGGUGCUAAUGAUGUGUGUUUCAAAGGCAGCUUUUCUCAGCUUCCCUCUGAGCUUUGAAUGUAAAAAGUCUGUCGGGCAAUAUCUGCCACAGCUAUAUUAGUUUAGCCGGAACACUUCACCGCUCUUGUUCAUCCAUUCACCACGGAAAAUGAGGCAGUCUUUAUGCACGACAAUACAAAUGCGUUCUUCCACAGACUUUUCUGCCGAUACAGUAUAAUAUUUUGGUUGACACGCCAUUGCGAUAUCUCAGCAGUAAAGAAAAUGGCCAAGGCGCCCAUUUGAGCGGCUAUUUCUGGCGUGUGAGUGCUACACUAACAACAGGAAUAUGCCCCUGAACCGCAGAUAUAAUGAAAAAAGGAGUCUGUUAUUCCUCCUAUCUGCAGUAGACCUCCUCCCCCACUCCCGCCCUCCUCGCUAUGCCUCGAGGUUGUUGUGGUCCGUUAUCGCAGUGGGCAGAGAGAAAAGCUGAUUCAUUUAUUCAUCAUCAGAGCCUUUUCUUCCUCACAGCAGCACACACCGUCACAAACACAGUCACGUGAGCAUAGGAUGAGAGAGAGUGGUUUGUGUGUAUAGGUGUGUAUGUGUAUGUGGGAAGGUGUGAAAGGGUCAAGCGUGAGCGAGCAUGUGCAUCAGUGUGUUGUUUUGAGUGCGUGUUUGUGACGUGUGGCAGUGUUCAUGACGUGUCUGAGUGAGUAGGCCUAUGUGUGAGUCUGUCUCUGUUUGUGCAUGUGCAAAAUCUAUUAUUCAGGAUAUUAAUCCUCCAUUGUUCUACAUAAAGCAGAUGCCACAGAUAAUAGAGCCAGUACAUGGUUUGGUUUCUCUCUCUAUUUGUUUGACUCAAUUCCCAUAAGGCAAGGUUCCCAAACUGGCAGCCUGCCAAGUGAUUUUAUUUGGCCCCCCAAGUUUUCUCUUAUAUUUUUUUUUAUUGUUAGACAUUAAAGACUGUAAAAACACCAGCAAAUCAGCUCGAAGUGAUUUUAAUUUUGGAAAUCUGUUCCAAAGUAAUCUCACGCAUAAUGGAAAAAUAUAUGUUAUCGUAUACAAAUAUAGGUUUGAAAUGAUUAUGCUUUUGUGAAAUAUGAUAUCUGUUUGGGUUUCUUGCGAUCAAUUUGCAGUGUACAAAUGAUUUCUAAUUAUGUUCUGGGUCCCUGACCGUCUGCUCAAGAAAAAAUUGUCCCACGGCUGAAUCUAGUUGAUGAUCCCUGUCGUAAGAGAUAAUAAGGGCUACUCCUAAAAAAGCUUCUUGUCUUCCUCACUCACUGACCCAGAUUUGGUAUUUUAGUGCAUACAAGCAGAUGGUACAAUUUUGUGAUGGUACAAUGUUUCUUUGUUGCCUCCAGGCAAAAGGCUGCAUCAGUCCGUCAUCAUUGCUCCUCUCUGAUGUUUGCCAUGGUCUACCUACCUCUAUGGCCAUGUGCAUCAGUAUAACUUCACCCCAAUACUACUUGUUUCGGUGUCUUUCAGACAUGUUUGUCACUCUAUGCACUUUUGGUUUUAUUGUCUGGACCAUCACUGAUUUAUCUCCAGACGUCAUUAUAGUUUGUCUGCUUUCAUUAAUCAGGAUCAAUUAUGUCUGUUUUUAACAUGAGUAUGUCACUCACUGGCAUUGGUAUGCCUUUGAUUUCAGCUGGCAGUCCACAGUGCUGUGUUGAGUUGUUGCUAAUUAUAUGUGUUGACCUCAACAAUUACUGCUCCUCCUCAGUCUGAGUGGACACAACCAGCUAAUUGGCACUGUGCAGAUUCCAGUGUGUUCCUUAAAGGCCCACUCUGGGAUAUUUCCUGCUGUUCAGUGGUAACGUCAAUUCAUGAUCUUGUUCUUGAGGAAUAUAACUUACAUUCGUAGCUGCGCCUAUGAAGUUGGCAGUGGUUCCAUUCAUCCAGCUCCCAUUCCUCAGCUUAAGUCACAAUGCUACUGUUUGGGCUGAAUCUAAACACCAGAUUUUGGCUUUCAUCUUUUUAUAAUCAGCAGAGUGCCCCUGGUUUGCACCAUUGCCUUCGCGAACAGCUAGCUCAGCCACAGUCUCAGUGGCUUCCAUUAGCAUUGCUGAGUCAAGCUUGACCUCUCCUCACUGCUCAUUUACUUAAAGACUAUUCUGUUUUGUUUUAUUAUAAUGUAGGCUAUCUUUGUUGAGAUUCAUUCACACAGAGUUUGUAAAAGCAUUGAGGUUCAGUUGAACUACAUCUGACAGUAUAAAUAAGUAUAAAGUAUACAUAUGACAGUAUACCUGUCUGGGGCGAUGGCUAGAAAUAUUACUGUGUUUGUGACUGGUCAAGAGACAUCCUAAAUGCUUUACUGUAUAUGUAUCACAAUACAAAAACACUUGGGAACCACCUACUGUAUCUUUCCAGACUGCUGCGUACUAUAGGUACAUAUCCUUAUUCCUAUUUUCAAGGGCAGUCUGCAUUGCUGAGUGUGUUAGAAGUCAGGUGGUAUGUUAGGAGAAGCGGUACACAAAUAUUUUAUAGAAAAUAUCAUUUUUAAAACGCUUUGAACAGCAUAGUGUCCACAUUGUCUUAUUUAAUGUUGGUAUAAGGGUUUCAUUACAUGAUAUUUGAUCCGAUUCACCUAAUCACCCAAAAGUGUCUGUACUUUCUCCUAAUAUGAAUGAAUUAGGAUACGAUUAGCAAUAUAUUUUUUCUUCUUCAUUGAAUUAGGAUAUUAUUAUCUAUUCAAUUAUGACAUACGCUCUUAGAAUUAGUGGUGACUCAAGGAACCCCUGGAGUUCCUCAAGAAACCAUUGCUUGUCAAAGGUUCAUAUUGGCACCUUUGGUUUGUUGAGGGGUUCUUGGAGGAACCUUUCAUGUUUAAAUGUAGCAGAGAGUUCCUGGAUGAACCCUGGACUGGAACCGUGGCUAAGUAGAGGUGUGGCUUUCAGAUAGAUCUUUUUAGGCCACCGGUGGGAGUAAGGCCACCCAUGUCACUUCUGUUCAUGUGUCCUGUUGUAUUGUCAUCAAAUGUUAAGGUUGAACACUGACAGAUUUGUAGCUUCAAUUGGGUUUACAGAGGUGUAUGAGUUCCUCAAGAUCCUAUGCAAAUCCCAAAGUUGGAAUAGUUACCACUUUAUAAAUAUUCAAGGGAAAUACAAAUUUGCAGUGUACAAACUUGACAUGAUGAACAGGAAUGACAUUUCCAUACAUUUUGGUGGCCAAAAAUAACUACUUGAAAGCUUCAAAUAAGCCAUGCCUCCAAUCUGAUAAGCAGCCACUUCAACAAUAUAUUAUUACACUGAACAAAAAUAUACAUGCAACAUGUAAAGUGUUGGUCCCAUGUUUCAUGAGCUGAAAUAAAAUGUAUUUGUUUA